CGGAGGCCAGUCGCUCGGCACUCGGCGGACUCGGCGCGCGUCGCGCGAAUAUUCGCACGCGGAACAGUGACUGCAAAAUACUUGUGCGGAACCGGAUUUUUGAGUGGCGGUGGACAUGUGACCGGAAUGGAUUCGGAAACUCUGUAACAGUGCCUUAUUUGAACAACACGAGAAGACAAAUCUUGUAUUGAUGUUUUUUAUGUAUUUAUAUUGAAAAAAAAACGACUUAAUUGAUUAAAACUAUAGUAUAAUUGUGAUAAAACCUAUCCAAAACAAACUCGCAAUGUCCGCAAACUAAAAUGCAAAAACAAAUGACAGCCGGUCGGUUUGAACACUUUGAACGCGAACGGUCGACUUCCGAAUUUGAAAAUGGAUCUGACGACGAGGCGAGGGGAGGAGGAGGCGGGGGGAGGGGGGCAGUGUGAGGUCACGAAGCCGGAGGUGAAGAAGACCAGCUCGUUCAGCAUCAGGAACCUGAUGGGGGAUUCCGACGGCGCGAGCAACAGCGAAGAAUACUACACCCAAGACUACCAACCCCAUAAAUUCAGCAUGGGCGUCUCCGAGCCGCCCAAAGACGAUUCUCCCCGAACGACGCCCGAGCUCACCCGAACGCCCGACCUUCGGACGGACCAGUCUCCCCCCACCGCCCCGCCAGGGUCCGCAGACAGUGAUGACGCUGAUGAGUUCGCGCCUAAGAGGAAGCAGAGGAGAUACAGGACGACUUUCACCAGCUUUCAGUUGGAGGAACUGGAGAAGGCGUUUUCAAGGACGCAUUACCCUGAUGUGUUUACUAGGGAAGAGUUGGCCAUGAAAAUUGGAUUAACCGAAGCUAGAAUACAAGUAUGGUUCCAAAACCGCAGAGCAAAAUGGCGGAAGCAGGAGAAAGUGGGUCCGCAGGGGCAUCCGUACAACCCCUACCUUGGAGGCGCGGGGGGCGCCCCUCCCCCUUCUGUGGUGGCGUCCAUGCCCAACCCAUUCUCACAACUGGGGUUCGGCUUCAGGAAGCCUUUUGACACCAAUGCGCUGGCGUCUUUUAGAUACGGCAGCACACCAAUGCUGGGAGCACAAUACCUCGGCGCACCCCUCCCCCGACCCCCACUCUUCGGCGCCCCCCUCUACACCUCUGCCCCUCCAUUCCACUCCCUUCUAGCCGGCCUCGCGCCCCCUAGAAGAUCACCCGACCCCCCGCCAGUGUCACCCCCUAUCUCGCCAGGCAGUGAAUCCCCCCCAACAGCUCCAGAAGUAGAAAGAAGGAGCUCGAGCAUAGCAGCUUUAAGAAUGGCCGCGAGAGAACAUGAGAUUAGGUUAGAGAUGCUGAGGCAGCGGCACCACUCUGAUCUGAUCAGUUGAAACUAGGACAUUUGAUCCAGUGCUAAGACCCAAUGGUAAUCGAUUCACAAAUCACUAUAUAUUAUAGUUCGUAUAACAUGCUGGUGUAAAAAAAAAACAGACUUUGUUAAAUGUAUUCGUGCGUAAAAUGCAAUUAUAUUAUCUUAAAUUUUAUAAUUAUAUAUUUGGAAAUGUGACACUUCGUUCACUGAAUAGAUCGUUAAUACACUCAAAAGCAAUCAAAACGUAUGUGUGUAUGAAAAAAAACGUUUUUUAUUUUGCUUGAGGUGGCAGAUUAAAAAAUGAAUCGGUUUCAGUGUAUUUAGACAAUAAAUUAGGCACAAAACUUGAUCUUAAUGUGAUUGGAAUGUAAAUGAGCUCUCUUUUAAUUGGAAUUAUAUUGUUAUACGUGCGUGAAUCGAUCUUAAAUGUAAAAUGUAGAAAAAAGUAUUAGCUAGGCUUUAAGUUAAUGUAAAAAAUGUACUUAAGUCUCCGUCCACUUUAGGCCUUAUUGUUAUUUAUUGUAAUGUUAAGAUACUUAAAGGAAUGCCUAAAUGUCUCAAUUAAAUAUUUAUACUUAAUUAACUAUUAUCUGUAAGGGAUCAAACAAGGAAUGGUUUUAUUAUUAUUUGAGCAAUAUUUUAUUUAUAUAAAAGGUGAUAUUUUUGUACAGAGUUUCGAUGAGUAGGUACUAGUAUGUUCUAACAUAAUUCAGGUCAACAUACAAAAAAAAACAAUUUCAUGUGCAAGUGAACUGAACAAUUAUUUUAAUUGUUAACCAAAAUAAGUGAAAAUUAAAAAAUGGUUAUAAAUUAUUUAAGAUACUUAUAUUUUAUAUUUUUGACUACAAACUAACAAAAGUAAAAACAUUGUAACUUAGAUUAUCAAUUGUCAAUUUGAACUUUUAAUUUGUAUUAUAAAUAGCACCAAAGAAUUCCGUUGUAAUAAUUACCCAGUAAUUAAAAACGAAACUUAAACAUGACCAGUGUUUACUGUACCUUGUGUAUUGUUUGUUAUUUUAAAUGAAAAUGAAAAUAUCGACCGUAUAAUAAAAUUAAUUGAAAAU